AUGGAGGCUUUGGCGCCGUGGCUGAUGAUGGUUGGCGGUGGCCUGCGUCCGACAAGACUCCGCCCCGGCGCACAAAGGCCAGCCAGGACGACGCAGGCGUGGCUGCUCAACAACGUCCCUCACCACUGGUCGCCGGACUUGUGGCCGCCCUCCUCACCUGACCGCAACCCCCUCGAUUAUUUCUUCUGGGGCGUGAUCGAGGCCAAGACCAACAAGCACGCACACAAUACCGUCGACUCUCUCAAGGCCGCCAUCGUGGCAGAGUUCGCCGCCGUAGACAAGGACACGGUCGCCAAGGCGUACGAAUCAUUUCGCCCUCGGCUUGAGAUGGUCGUCGCCGCCGACGGCGGUUACAUCGAGUAG